UUUUUUUUUACAAUUCAAGAAUGGGAAAUAAUCAAUCACAGCCUAAAAAAAAUUCUAAGCGCACCUUUUAUGACAAUGUUCUACAUGCGUCCACUACCAAUCAUUCUAUGCCUACUCCACCAAUGUCCACUAAAAGUUCGCCCAAUUCAAGACCUGCUUCACUUGUCGAUGAUGUCAAAUCAGGCGUUCAUAAAAUGCUUCAUAAAACACCUUCUAAACUGGAUGAAACAACCAUGGCUGACACUUACAGUCUCAAUAGUUGUCAAACAAAGGGCUCUAAAUCUGCAGAUCAUCAAUCGCGAGAUAAAUGCACUACGGAAGAUGCCUUAAUCAAUGGCCGAACUUAUCAAACCUUAAACAACAAAUAUUGUCUUCCUAUUGACGAUGAAGAACAAGACCGCCUUACCAAUACACACUAUGUCUUGAAGCAAUGCUUUGGUGACAAUUUCACUGCACCCAUUCAUGAUCUCCUGUCUAGAUCAGUGUCAGUUUCAGGAGAUGUGACUAAUUCCUCAUCCAACCUUCCUUUAGAGCAACAAUGCAAGCAUAGUAACAGCAUGAUGGAUAAUUCGAUUAUUUCUGUGUCACCAUCAUCGAGUCGAACGAAUUUGAACAACAACGGGCCUGUCACACCUGCUCGUGUACUGGAUGUAGCAUGUGGUUCGGGUGUUUGGGUCCUGGACAUGGCUUCAUCCUAUCCUGAUUCCCAAUUUUACGGAAUAGAUUUUGCCUGUAUUUUUCCAAAUACAAUUAAACCACCAAAUACCACUUUUCAUCAAGGCGAUCUAUUGGACCCAGAGGGCUUUCCUUAUCCCGAUGAAUUCUUCGAUUACAUUCACAUGCGUCUUGUAUAUAAUUGCUUUUCGCCUGCCGAUCUCAAGACUGUACUGAAUGAAAUCAAUCGGGUCCUUAAACCUGGAGGUUACGUCGAAUUCAGAGACAUUGAUCCUACCAUCAAGAACCCAGGUCCCACAGCCGACCAAUUCUUUGCCGAUUUUACUGACCGUAUGUUGGAGUUACAUUCGGUUGAUGUUACCUGGACACAAAGAUUGUGCGAGGUACUUUCAAAUCUGGGUGACUUGACUGAUAUUCAUCACCAAGAAGUAUCGGUCGGCUUCGGCUAUGACGGACCCUUAGCCAGCUCCAUUGAUUGCAGUAUUCGUGACGCACUUCGUAGUCAUAAGCAAUUCUUCAUGAAUGCCUACAAUAUCACAAGCGAUGAAUGCGAAGAAAAAAUCAAUAACAUUAUCAAAGAAAGUGCAACGCAUCAUUCUUACUUUAACUAUUAUAUGGCUUGGGGAAGAAAACCUCUGGUCAUGAAUCAAUUAAGAAGUUCAGGUCAAAAUACACCUGCCACACCUACCACACCUGUCUCUGCAGACUUUAUGCACUCUUACCACGUCAAUAUUCAUGAUUCACCAGAACUAUUGGCUUCUGUCCUGACUGAAAAUGCUUUUGACAUUGUUCAUUUUGCCAAUGGCUUUAUUGAAUAAUCAAUUCCCCCCCCCCAACACACACACCCUUUCCUUACUAAUAUCUACUAAUAAUAAUACCCUUAUUUAUUCAUACCCUAAGUAACUUUCCCCCAAACUAUGUAAAUCUCUCUCUCUAUGUAACAAUAAAAAUUUCCCUUAAUUUACUUGUAUAAACUAGCGCUACAAAUAUCUAAAAACUCCUCCUCAAUAUUUACCAUUGGGUCGGC